GCGCUCACACUUGUGAAACUUCCCAGCAGCAGCAGGUGCUUGGAGAUAAAAAAGGAAAAAUGUCUGGAUUUUUCCAAAUGUUGCGGAAGAAAAAGGAGCUGAUCCCGCUGAUAGGGUUCAUGGCAUUUGCGGCAGCAGGAGCCACCUCUGCUUCUGUUUACUUUCUUUUCACUAAACCUGACGUUAUUUUGAAUAAGACUAAUAACCCAGAACCCUGGGAAAGACUGGACCCAUCGAAACCUCAAAAGCUCAUCACCAUCAACCAGCAGUGGAGACCUAUUGAGGAGCUGGAGCUGGUGAAGCGCCUCACCAAGUGAACAAGAACCAGAACAGAGAAGAU